AUGGCUGAUCGACGGAGAAUAAAUGGACCACCUGGUACAACAUUACCGCCAGUCUACGAGACUACGGAUCCGAUUGCGACCCCUAGGUUAAGGCCGGCAAAUGGUAUUCGAGGCUUGUUUCUCAAGACCGGCGUCACCCCUACAGCCUCAGGCUCAGCAUACAUGGAGAUCGAGCCGCCGCUUAAAUCUCAGGCCACUUCUCAGUCAAAGAUGAAUGGCAUGAAGCUCAUUUGCACAGUCCACGGGCCUCGCUCACUUCCUCGAUCUGCGCCCUUCUCGCCUUACUUGGUGCUCUCAACUCACGUCAAAUACGCUCCUUUCGCUACACGUCGACGUCGAGGCUACCUUCGAGACUCGAGUGAAAGGGAUCUUAGCGUUCACCUCGACACGGCCCUGCGCGGAGUCGUCAUUGCGGACCGAUGGCCAAAGAGCGGCGUCGACGUGAUUGUCACCAUUAUCGAGGGCGACCAGGAGCGAGAAGCGUCUCAUUCUCAAGGCAAUGAAGAGUGGGACAUGAUGAACGUCCUCGGUGGUUGUAUCACCGUUGCCGCGGCAGCUCUCGCCGAUGCUGGCAUCGAUUGUGUUGACAUGGUUACCGGCGGUGUUGCGGCUCUUGUCGCCUCAAAUGAACAAGACACAAGAGAUGCGGAUUCGCUAUCUGUUGUAUUGGACCCAGUCUCUCUGGAACAUGACAAGAUACUAGCUGCUUGCUGUGUUGCUUAUCUCCCCUGUCGCGCCGAGAUCACCAACCUCUGGGUGAAGGGCCAGCUCUCGCCGUUGGACCCUUUACUCCAUACCAAACUCAUCAGUCGUGCUAUCCAAGCUUCGAAGGGCAACUAUCGCGCCGUCCUCGAGAGACUCGAAAGCAACCAACCGCCCAGCAGUUAA